UGUUCCUCUGUCUCUGUGUUCCUCUGACUGUGUGAAGAGUUUACUACAUUUAAGUGAUGGAAGACAUCUGUGUUUAUGUAUGCUAACAGACAGCACACUCAGACUGAAGCUGUAAGGGUUAAUGGUUCUUGAUGACCAGCAGGUGGAGGCAGAUCAUCUCCUUCAUGGAUCAGAAGGUGGGGACAUGUAGCAGGAGGGGCCUCACACACCUCUAACCUGUUCAUCACUUUAAAGUGACAGGGGGACAAACAGGAACCUGGAGUCUGACAGGUGUGAGUACCUGUCCAACAGGACCAUCCACACAGAGACACAGACCAACCUCAGAUAAGAGGAGCCCUCCUGCACAGUCUGUGAUCACCUCAGCCCUCCUGCAGUCUGUGAUCACCUCAGUCCUCCUGCACAGUCUGGGAUCACCUCAGUCCUCCUGCACAGUCUGGGAUCACCUCAGUCCUCCUGCAGUCUGUGAUCACCUCAGCCUUCAGCACAGAGAGAGUGCAGAGACAGCAGCCGGGGACAGAGAUGGAAGCGAGGCCGAUGCGGGUUCUGGUGACCGGGGGGUCUGGGUUGUUGGGGAAAGCCAUCGAGCAUGUGGUGCAUCAAGAAGGAGGGAAACUGGAGGGAGAGGAGUGGUUCUUCCUGUCCUCCAAGGAUGCAAAUCUGACAGAUCUGGAGCAGACCAAGGCUGCGUUUGAGAAGUAUCGUCCCACACACGUCAUCCACCUGGCUGCUAAAGUGGGAGGACUCUACCUGCACAUGAGGGAGAACCUGCACUUCCUGAGAGACAACCUCAAAAUCAACGACAAUGUUCUCCAGACGGCGCACGAGAGCGGAGUCACCAAGGUGGUCUCAUGCCUGUCCAGCUGUAUUUUCCCAGACAAAACCACGUACCCCAUCGACGAGACCAUGAUUCACAACGGAUUGCCUCACGACUCUAACUUUGGAUACUCGCAUGCUAAAAGGAUGAUUGAUAUUCAGAACAGGGCAUACUUCCAGCAGUACGGUCAUCACUACACUGCAGUCAUCCCCACCAACGUGUUCGGUCCCUACGACAACUUCAACGUAGAAAACGGUCACGUGCUGUCAGCGCUGAUGAACAAAACAUACAAGGCCAAAAAUGAUGGGACUCCUCUGACGGUGUGUGGCUCUGGAGCUCCUCGCCGUCAGUUCGUCUACUCUCUGGAUUUGGGUCGUCUCAUGGUCUGGGUCUUGAGAGAAUAUGAAGAGAUCAGCCCUCUGAUCCUCUCAGUGGGGGAAGACGACGAGGUCUCGAUCAGAGACGCUGUGGGCAUGAUCGCAGAAGCUCUGGACUUUAACGGUGAAAUACACUACGACACCACCAUGUCUGACGGCCAGAUGAAGAAGACAGCCAGCAACUCCAAGCUGAGACGUUACCGCCCUGACUUCACCUUCACCCCUCUGAGAGAAGCUGUACAGAUGACCUGUGAUUGGUUCACGGCAAACUACGACAUCGCUCGGACGUGAAGAGGACGAGCCACGCUGCAGGGGGGAGCUGUGUUUGGGGUUUGGGAUGCUGCUGCUGCUGCUGGUGGUUUACUUGAUUGAAGCAGCGCGGCGUGUUCGAUAUGAUCAGAGGGAUUCUUUGAGCUGCACACUUCACACGUUUAAUUUACCUCUCAUGUUGUUUUAGUUUUAUAAAUGACUUUAUUCUCUGGAUCUUUAAAUGUUUCUAAUGUAUUAAAGUCUCUUUUUUCAAA